CUUACUUCAAGGCUCCCGGCUCUGGAGUCCCUCGCGGGCCGGGGCGGGGCGUCUGGCCAGCUGAGCUAUUCCGGCUGACCGCGCCAGUUUGAAUGAAAGCUCCGCAAGAUGGCGGCGGCCGGAGCCGAGGCCGAGAGAGCCUGGUGUGUGCCUUGCCUAGUUUCCCUUGAUACUCUUCAGGAAUUAUGUAGAAAAGAAAAGCUCACAUGUAAAUCGAUUGGAAUCACCAAAAGGAAUCUAAACAAUUAUGAGGUGGAGUACUUGUGUGACUACAAGGUAGUAAAGGGUGUGGAAUAUUAUCUUGUAAAAUGGAAAGGAUGGCCAGAGUCUACAAACACUUGGGAGCCCUUGAGAAACCUCAAGUGUCCACAGCUGCUGCAGCAGUUCUGCAGUGACAAGAGUAGUUACUUGUCUCGGGUAAAGAAAGGCAAGGCAGUCACUCCAAAAAACAGUAGCAAGCCCUUGCCACAUGCUGUCGCUGAGUACAUUGUAAAUAAAGCCAAGCAAAGAAUAGCUCUGCGGAGAUGGCAAGAUUACCUCAACAGAAGAAAGAACCACAAAGCCAUGAUAUUUGUUGAAAAUACCGUUGACUUGGAGGGCCCGCCUUCAGACUUCUACUAUAUUAAUGAAUACAGGCCAGCUCCAGGAAUCAUCUUAAACAAUGAAGCUACCUUUGGAUGCUCAUGUACAAACUGCUUCUUUGAAAAGUGUUGUCCUGUUGAAGCUGGAGUUGUUUUGGCUUAUAAUAAAAAGCAACAAAUUAAAAUCAAACCUGGGACUCCCAUCUACGAAUGCAACUCAAGGUGCCUAUGUGGACCUGAUUGUCCCAAUAGGAUUGUACAAAAAGGCACACAAUAUUCACUGUGCAUCUUUAGAACUAGCAAUGGUUGUGGCUGGGGUGUAAAAACCCUUGUGAAGAUUAAAAAAAUGAGUUUUGUCAUGGAAUAUGUUGGAGAGGUAAUCACAAGUGAAGAGGCUGAAAAGCGUGGACGGUUAUAUGACAACCAAGGAAUCACAUACCUUUUUGAUCUGGACUAUGAAUCUGAUGAAUUCACAGUGGAUGCAGCUCGAUAUGGAAAUGUGUCUCAUUUUGUGAAUCACAGUUGUGACCCCAAUCUUCAGGUGUUUAGCGUUUUCAUCGAUAACCUUGAUACUCGGCUUCCCAGGAUAGCACUGUUUUCCACGAGAACCAUAAAAGCUGGAGAAGAGCUGACUUUUGAUUAUCAAAUGAAAGGUUCUGGAGAAUUAUCUUCAGAUUCUGUUGACCACAGCCCUGCCAAGAAAAGGGUCAGAACUGAAUGUAAAUGUGGGGCUGAGACUUGCAGAGGUUACCUCAACUGAAACUUCAGGAAAUGGAGAUCAUGAAUGUGUUUUGUUUUGUUCUAAGAACUGAAAAAGUAUUUGGGAUGCCUUUCUAUUAUCAAGAUUUUAUGUAUAUUAAUGUACAACUUGUGUCUCAAGGUAUUUACAAAGUACAUUACUGUUGCUUCUAAAAAGGACUGCAGGACCACAUAAACAGAAUAUAUUUGGUGGUUACAUACUAAAUAUGGAAAGUGAACUAUUUACAAAUCACCAUAUACUUAGUUAAGAAAUCUGAAUAGACAAGUGUCCCCUUUAGUGUUUGAAAAGCAACGAGAGCAUGGAUGUUAUGAAACCUUUUACCAUGACUCAGAUAAUUCAGUUUAGGCAAAUGCACAAAUUUUAUUUUGUUUUACUAUAUUGUUCCUGCUUAAUACUCACUGAUCUUGUAUUUGAGACAAAGAAGCAACACUGAAUUUUUUUACUAUAUUUUCUACUUUUACAUUAAAAUAUUGGCAUCUUAAUGAUAUAUUUCAGGUAUAAAAGUAAAUAUGAAAGAUUUUCUUUCAGCUUGAUCUCAUUUUGAAGCAAUAGAUACCAUUACAAAGAUUGUAUGUCUGAACCUGAAAUUCUUAAAAGAUUUUUUAAUCCUGUUCAAGAAAAAUCUCUAAUCACCUUCUCUAGAAGUCCAUAGUGGCUGGCCAUUAUGCUUCUUUGAAAGGACAUAAUAGUGUGACUAAGAGGACCCAUCAGAGUGCCAGGCAGGGUACAUGAGUACAAAGUGAGCCACAGCAUGAACGAGGUCCACAGAGUACCUCAUCGAAACUGAAGAGCAAGAUCCCGGGGAGCACCUGUCCCCAGUGGCAGUGUGAUUCACAUCAUGUUAAUGUCACUGCCCGGCAGUUUUCACAUUUCCUUUCUACUAAAUUCAAUUAUUUUCGCAUUUUCUGCAUGUCCUUGAAAAGUAACCUAUAUUUGAACAGAUACUUGUUUUAUACAAGAUUUUUUAGAUAAGAUAAAACUAAGUUUGGCCAAAGUUACGUCUGAUUGAACUUUUAUUAACCUAUGGGGAUUAGAUGGGAUUUUUCCCUGUGUAGUAAAACCCAAUAAAGAAAAAACUUACUUUCAUCUUUCUGGGUCUGGGAGUUCUAAUCAUGGUGUCCAGUGUGAAGACCAAAACAAGAAAAAGAAAUGUAGCAAAUAAUCCUUUUUUCAGUGUCCUGAUCAAGAUUUACCUAAGCUUACUGCUCUGGGCUUUAAUAGACAUAGUAAGCUCGAGUAAAAUGAAAUGAAUGCAGCACCUCCUUUAUCUUCCUAACCUUAACCUGUUUUGGGAGAAGCUACAAUGUUAUUCAGAGUAUUGCCUUCACAAGGCUGCUUGUUUACAAUACAUAGGAUACACUGUUUGAAUAUUUGGAGCCUCAUUGUAUGUCUGCUACCCAGAAUUUUCAGAAUGUGUCAAGAAAAUAUAUUUUUUUAAUUGAA